AUGCCUUCAACAUGCGAAUUUCAAUUGAGCAAACCCGAUGCAGUUUACCACAGUGGAGACACUAUUAGUUGUACGAUUGUUUUGAACACCACCAAGCCCAAGAAUGUAAAAGAUAUAACUAUCACUUUCCUUGGACAGGCUAAAAUAAAAUGGUCUAAAAGAAAGAAGCAAGGAAAAACACAUCAUACCAUAGAUUAUAAGGCAAAAGAACCGUACGUGGACAAUACUGUAACAGUUAGUCGCGAAGGAACUCUUCCUGCAGGAACUCAUACGUAUAAAUAUGAUAUCGUUCUUCCUCCUGAAAGUCGCGCCUCUUUUGAGAGUAGCCAUGGUCAUAUACGCUAUGAACUUAUGCUUAAAUUAACAAGACCUUAUCGAUUCAAUAAUGAAUUUACUAAAGUACUGACUGUAAUUAAUAAACAAGAUUUAAAUCUAAACCCAGUUUUAAGGCUUCCUAUUGAAAAUGAGGAAAUAUUAUCUAGCUUUUGGUGUUGUGGCAACGGUAUAAUUAAUACCAAACUUAAAAUUCCGUUUGGUGGCUAUGCCAUCGGUCAGAAUGUCGAUUACUCUGUCCAUGUACAAAAUCAAGCAAAAGUCGAUAUUAAUAGCUAUAAAAUAAAAUUUAUUCGUAAAAUAACCUAUACUGCCCAGAAACCCAAACACAAGACACGGGACGAGGAGACAACUUUAUAUAAAAACUCAUACAAUGUUAAAUGUUUACGUAUGACUACCGGCACUUUUAAUGGCAGCUUUCCUAUACAGGAUACAACUGCCUCCACAGCAGGUGAAACUAUAAUAAGUGUUCAAUAUUUACUAAAGGUAACCUUAGAUACUACGGGUUUUAGUAAUGAUAAAAGUAUAAGCAUUCCAAUAUUCGUUGGUGAUGUUCCAUUCAAAGAGGGUUUGGUAUCAACAGAGCCAUUGGAAACUGAUCGCCUUAUUGCGCCUACAGUGGAAGCACUGACAGAGGAGCAGUGAUUUG